AUGCGUGAUGCUUUGCCCACAACAACACCGAAGCUCGUAUCUCGUCCCGCACCACCCGCCCAUCCUCAGGCAGCACCUGGCGCCAAAGUCGACCGCUCCUCCGCCUCGUACUUUCUGCACAGGAUCGCGAUGGUAGACUUUGGUAAGUAUGCCUCCUGCUCGCAGAGUCCGCUUCGCCAGCCACCUAGUCAUGUCAGAAUCGCUCACCAUGCUUCACGCAGGCUUCUGGGGCGAUCUCGCCCUGCGAACUUGGGUCAAUAUGAAUCCCUCGACACAAUGGGCAAAUCAUCAAAUUGAGCCUUACAGAGGCCUUCCGUUCGGGACAUAUCUACAUUCGGCGCGUCCUCGACGACAGAGAACGCUGACCGGUCCUCUCGAUCCCUCCCACGAGUCACUGUGGCACAGGGUCCAGAUCAUGUCCGCCCUCGAGCCGGAGCAGCGGACGGACGAGCAGUCGGACUGUGGCUUUCUGGCCAAGCUACCCUUUGACAUCCGCAUCAUCAUCUACGAAAUGAUCCUAGGCGGAAAGGUGCUUCACCUCCAAGCGCCGAGCCAGAAGAGCCGCAUCUUGCACUACAUCUGCAAGCACCCCGACCGGAUCGAUGAGGCUCGUAUCCAUCAGGACUGUUCAGAGUACUCGACCAAACGGCCGUCGUUCGCGCCCCGUGAAGACUAUCCGCAGGCCAGUGGCUUGUUACCCCUCCUGGUCACCUGCCGCAAGGUCUAUUCGGAGGCCAUCAACACGCUCUACAGCGCCAACACGUUCGAGUUCAACCAGAUCUUCGCAGCCUUCACGUUUCUGCGGUAUAUGAUACCGCCGCAGCGCCUGCACUCCUUACGCCACUUUCGCCUCCAUCUCCGUAUCCCAAGACAUCCAAUGCUGAACAGUCGCGCAACUCGCGACUGGCAAGACCUAUGGACGUUCUUCAGCGAGGAGACAUCCGGCCUGCAGAGCUUGUACCUCCAGCUUCUCAUGUUACAGCCCAUGGAAGCACAUAUCGAAACGACUGCAGAUGAUGAGGCCGACGCGUGGAUCCGGCCGAUGGUGUUGAUGGCGGUCGGUGCACACCAUCGACGCGGCUGCAAAGUUGAAAUCGGCACCAGGAAUGCGAGACACGAGCCGGCGAAGAUUUUGAUGGAUGUCACGAAGGCGAAUCCCGACGCAAGCUCUGAGGAGGCUCUACGACUGACCUGUGCUGCCCUGCACGAGCGCAUUCGACUUUCUUUGGGCUGA